ACUCAAGACAACCACGCCACACGUAGCUCUUCGCUCGCUCGAUCGCAGUUCUGUAAUGUCGGGAAAAGAAAAAUAUUUCGAUCAAAAUAAACAUUAAGCUCGCUCUGAAACCGCGUUUAGUGUUCCAGUGUAAAAAAAAAAACAUUGAUAUUUUUGAAAGUUUAACAAAAAAACUUUAAUAUUUGAACUAUGAGAGACAUAGGUUUGAUUUCGUGAUCAAAGUGGAUGGUAUUUUCUUAUUGUCAAUUCCUAGUAUUAUGGUGCAUCACAGGACAACAUAAAUAUACUUGGCCUUGACAGAAACAUAAUGGCCUAUUUCAUGAAGCUCUUUCUCCUCUUGUCAUUCCACUAUGUCUUCGGUGAUUCAGCCUCCUACGGAUGCGGUCCAGGGGUAAAGUCAGCAGGAUAUACAUAUCCAGUUGGAGACAUCACAUUAGAAUACGGUGAAGAUUUGGAUAUAUAUUGUUUUUUAAAUGAAGCAGAAAUAGACAAAUAUGGAGCUAAUGCAAGCCAAUACAUGUCAUUUGUCUUAGGAAAUAGGAAGUUUCCUUCCGAAAUCGUCAACUCGACAGUUAUCAGACUUCUGAUCAAAAACCACCCUAAGACUCAACAAUCAGCUUAUUAUUGUUUGGUGAAUGAUUCAGUGCAUGAUGAUUUCGUAUGUCAUAACUAUGUCGUUGUCGGAACCAAACCUCAGGAUGUAACUGAUUUCGACUGCAUAGGUUACAACUAUGAAAAUUUCACUUGCAGUUGGACACCACCAGAAAAUUAUGUAUCAACAAAUUACUCUUUGGAAUAUAAACCUGUUUCGCGUCCCCUAAGGUACAUUAAGGCAAAGUACGCCUCUAAACCAAGCACGCCAGCCGAAACUAGAGCCAAUGGAUGCCCAACCAAUUUGACAGUGAAACAAGUAAAUGGGGUAACCCAAUUGUCCUGCACCUGGGAAUUGUCAACAAGGCCACAAUAUCGGCAUUCUCAUGACACUUUUAUUUUUCAAUUAUCCGCUAACAACCCUUUUGGCUAUCAAGUCUGGAGAUACACAAUCAAGCAUUAUGCUCGAGUUCGCCCUGGUCCACCUGAAGACCUUGUAGCAAUACCAACUUCUCCACAUUCCAUCAAAUUAGAAUGGACUGUACCACUGAAUAUGCAAAGUUACCCAGCAGGUUUAGAAUAUAGAGUAAGCUGGUGGAUUGCUCAAAACAAAAAAUGGACUAGUGUUUAUAUACCAGAAGAUAAAUCAAAACAACGGAUACAGUUUGAGCUUACUAAUCUUCCGUAUGCCCAUUGCUUAUAUGACAUAAGAGUUGCUAUCAAGUCUAGACCUGCCAUAGAAGAACGCAUGUGGUCACAAAAUGCUUCUAUAACUGUCUGGACGUCUUCUAAAAUACCGGAUUGUCCUCCUAAUACUACAGCUGGUAGUUUUGAGUUAUUGGAGGGUACUGGCAAUAGAUUGAUUUAUUGGCAAAAUAUCCAUAAUUAUCAGGAAAAUGGAGAAAACUUUUCUUAUUACAUUCAAGUAGAUGAAGAUCCGAAUAUCCAACCAGUCAAAGUCCACAAAAAUUAUGCUAAAUUUGAGAAUCUUCCUGACAGGAAUUAUACGUUCAGGAUUUGGUCUAGAAAUAGCGUUGGCAGCUCUAGAGAAUCUUCAGUAGUGUUUUUUCCUUCCCAGAAAAAUGCUUUGAAACAGUUAUCAAAAUUAGUAAAAGUGGAUAAAGGUGCUGGAAUCUGGGAUCUUGAAUGGACUGAAAGCAGUAAUACGAGAGCUAAAAAUUAUACUCUGUUUUGGUGUUCUGCUCAAAGAGAAAGGCCUUAUGCUUGUGACGGUACUCUACAAUGGGAGACAGUUCCUCGUGGCGUCAAAAAUAAAACACUCAAACUAGCCCCAUACAAUUUAGAAGCAGAAAAUUUCAAUAUUUACCAAUUCGCUAUAUCAGCUAAUGGUAUUGGAACAAGUAGUGGUUUACUUUGGGCUGACUGCACUGUUAUACCAGGAACUGGGGUGAAAUUGAGACAAACUUACGUAAAGAAAGUCAGUCCAAGAUAUAUUGUGUUGCAAUGGAAAUUGGAGUGUAUAAAAUUGGGAGAUAUCCAAAGUUUCAACGUGAGUUAUUGUACAAUUGCCACGCCUCAGUCACAGGAAUGUCAACCGAAGUCUUUGAAGUACAAAUUAUUUGAUAAUAACACUUUCAAUAUUGGAGAAGGAGAGCUGAAUAUCACUGGAUUGAAGCCUUAUACUGGGUACAAAUUCCAAGUGAAACCAAUUAUCGUAGGCGCUGAAAGUCAAUUCAGUGACCCUAUGUUCAACUCAACCUUGGAAGACACUCCUACUGAACCACGAAACCUCCAGAUUAUCCAACGCACAGACAGAACCAUAAAAAUAUCAUGGGAAAAAUCAUUGGAAGAAAAUGGUCACUUAUCAGAAUAUGUUGUUUUGGUUAAUGGCCGAGAAGAGAGAGUACCUGCUGAAAAGGAAAAGAUGAUUUACGAAAAAAAUAUUACUGGCCUACAACCAAGGACCAAUUAUACAAUUUAUGUGAAGGCUUGUACUGGAAGCUGCUCGAAAACCUCAAAACAAUUCUCUACAGAUAUUGGAUAUCCUGGUACCAUACCCAAACCCAGCGCUAAUUGGGAUAAUUACUCCCUAAUUAUAAAAUGGGAAAAGCCUGACGAACCUGGAGUAAAAGUAGAUUACUAUGAGGUACAAGUUGGUACAGCAAAGGGCAAAGAAUAUCCACCUCACAAUACUACAAGUCAGUCCUAUGAAAUCAGCAUUUGCCAACACGACAAAUCCCAAACUGUUUAUGUUAAAAUAAGAGCUGUGAACGUGAAAGAUGGUAGACUUUUGCUAGGUAAUUGGAGCGAUAGAGCUGAAUUCCCAUGCUUCCGCAAUCCAUCAUCUUCAUCUUGGAUUAUUCCACUUGUUGUUAUGUCAGUUAUACUAUUUAUAGUUUUGAUGUGCUAUUUAGCCAAAAGGAUAUGGCGUAAAAUCCUUGAUAUGCGCAAUUGCCCAGUAAAACUUCCCCAAGCUUUGGAUGCUGUUGUGAAUUUUGAGCCCAAAGAAAAACAUGUGGAUGAAACUUUGCCUGGUGAACCCUUAUUAUCAGACAAAUUUUCAACUCAACCGAGAAAUACGAGUGGGGAAACUAGUGGCUGCUGCUCUGGAACUGAAAGCGUUUCUUCUGCAUCAGGGCUAACCGGCGGUUCAGAUUCUGGUACUGAACAACCCAGAUCUGCGAUGGGCGAAACUGAGCAUAAAGAUGUGGCUCUAAGGCAAAGGCCAAACGUUAAAAAGACAGAUUAUGUAUCAAUGGCAGAAAUACCAGCAGCACCAUGGUCUACAAAACCAACUCAAAGCGGCUAUAGUGUCAUCGGCAUGAAUGCACCUCCUAAAAAAUCAGAUCUUGAUUCCGAGUACAUGCCCCUGUCUGAUAUUUCGUCUAAAACAUCCUACGUGCCAUUCCCUACAGUUCAACAACCAGAACCAACAAAAGAACCAACUACUAAAAUUCCUACUUCCGGUUAUGUACAGUACCUUACUCAAGAACCAGCCUCCAAGAAUACUGCUUAUGUGAUUGCUGGAGAACCAUCGGCUAAAGUAGCAACUAAGUUAGCUACCAGGGUACCGCCGUUAACGAAACAAUUAGACGAACCUUCUCCUGGUUAUGUGAAAGCAGCUUCCCUCGAAUCCACACCAAAGUCACAGUUUUGGGCACAAGCACCACCGGUGGAGACCUUAUCGAAAGGUUAUGUAGUAGUGGGAGACACAAAACCACAGAAAAUAGAUUUGGGAGCUCCAAAGAGCUCUAACAAAGGGUAUGUGCCUCAUAUUAAAUUUGAGUCGACAAAAUCGAUUAAGGAAGACUAGGUGAUCAAGGUAUAAGUUUUUUUCUUAUCAUUAAACAAAUUUUCUCUGCAUUUUUUAUUUAAAUAAUGUUAAAUUAUUAUCUGAGCCUUGUUUUAUGUAUUAGUACGUCAAAGAUCUGGUUAGAUGUUAGAUUAGACUGUAGCUCUACCCAGAUUAUCAUGUGUUGUCAAAGGGUCGAUUUAGAAAAAUCUCACUUUGGGACUAGGUAUACAUAUCAUUGGACGUACGUAAUUAGGUUUAGGUGUAAAUUUAUUAUCAAAAUAAUCGAAAUGUCAUGUAUUCAACAGCGAUGUUUUUGAACCGAGCGCAUAUCAAAUAAUUUAAGCAAUAGUUUAUGUUCUUAAAUUUGGAGCAUUAAGGCUAAUAUAACAACGCAAUAAUACUCCAUUUUUAAAAGAUCAACUUAGCCGACUGCUAUUAUUAAAACUCACUGUUACACUUGAGUAUUUUCAAGUUUUAAUUCUUCCCUAAUUUGUUAUUUAUUAUUUCAAAUCUACAGUUUUGUGUAUCGUGUAUCCUUAAAUGCAACGUGCCUUUGUUCAAGCAAUGCAUGCAAGAACAUUACCAAAAUACUUUUGUACACACUUUGACAACAAGAAAUGUUCAUUAUUUUUGUACAUACAGUUUUACAUAUUUAUAUCAUAGAAAAAUCUUCCUUUUUUAAAUUUUGAAUGUAUAUAUUGUUCUAGAAUUAUAUUUUAGCAAAUUGAUAAUUAAGUGAUGGUUAAGUGUUAUUCCUAUUGAACCAGAUUCACUUCAGUUUUGUGCCUUUUGCAUGAUGACUGACUAAUGGAGUGGAGGUAAUAUUUGGGUGGUAGUUUAAAUUUUACACAUUGAUGUUAGGUUCUGGUACACUUUGUGUGACCCGAAGUAGAAUCUAUUUUUAUAUACAAGAAAAUUUGUCUUCCAAGUAAUUGGCAAAUUCUAAAGCUAUUCUCAAAAAUUAUUUGUGAGUUUGUGGUAAUAAAUACAUUUCUUGAAUUUUUCUUUUUUCAAAAUGUAAAAUUUACACUACCGAUCAAAAUAAUGCUAAUGUUGGACUUGCCACAAUAUAUAAGGUGCUUUUAAAGUGUAUUUAUCACAUUGUAGUGGUAUAGCUGUAGCACAUAAUGAUUUUUCUCUCUAAAACUUAUUUUCUGAAGUUGCUUAUCUCAGGCUCUGUCCAGCUAGAUUCAUUUUCCGUCACCGGCAAGGCUUUUUAGUUUUCAUUGAUCUGUUUGAAAUUUGACAAGCAAAAAACUGAAUAAGAACAUUUUGCUGAAGGACUUUUUGUAAAAAAAAAAUAAAACAAGUUGUGAAUCAACUAGAAAUUACGGAGAGGCGGAAAUGUAUCUAUAGCUGUUACUUAAAUUACUUUUUUUAUAUGAACCAGUGAUAAUUUUGUAAUAUAAUCAAAUCCUUGAUCGAUUUGGUCUUAUCUGUUGAAAUAUUUAGGAGUUUUUAAUAAAUUUUAACUAUUAUUUCGCUGGGUUUUACUUAUUUUUUGCGGCACCCAAAUUUCUGAUGUACCGUCUGUACUCAUUCAUGCCCUUUGUAAGUGUUAUAUUUAGGCAAGUGCGUUUUAACAUUAUUCUAUCAAUUUAAGAAAAAAACUAUUUUUAGAAAGAUCCAUUAUGAAGUGCAAAAUAUAUUUAUAUUGGCAACACUUAAAAAUAAUAUACGUAUGUAUUUUGCAACAAGGAACGUAUUAAAUUUAUAGUUUUUGCGUUUAGUGCAAUAUUUGCAGAAUUUCGUGUAGUGGUUCCUCAUGAGAUAAACUGACUGUGAUAAAUAACUAUUUCUAAUGGAAAACCUUGCCUAAAUAUUCCACAAUCAGUCUUUUUAAAAUAAAUAUAUAAAUAGUAAUAACUUUUUAUUUUUGGAAUAAUUUUACAUAAUUUGAUUUUUCACACUAUUAUACAAAUUUUGAGUUGUUUAGUAUUCAGAAUGGUGGUUCACUUGAUUUUUAUGUUUCAAAAUAUUUCUAUUAUUAAAAUUAGGGUUUUCAUUUAUGUCGUUAUAAUGUAUUUUUCUUGAAUUGGGUUCACUUGGUAUACUUACAAACAAGCAAUAUAAAAAGUUUUAUUUUUUUGUGUGAUCUUAGUCGUACAAAAUUCACAUAUUUUCAGAGUUCUGGAUAUGCAUUGCGACAACCGACAAAUUCUGACAAACUUUAAAUUCUGUUUAUUUCUUUCUCAUAUUAUAUUUUAUCAUGCCCAUUUUUUUUAGGUUUAGAAUAUGUUUUAUUUACGCCGUGUUCCUCUAUUUAAUAUUUUUAUUUAAAUAUAACUAUUAUCAAAAGAAAUUUUUAUUUUUAUUUAUAAUCCUGGUUUACCGUUUUUCAGGGAGGAAAACAUAUUUGUCCAAGUCUCCUUAUUUUGAGAUAUUUGUAGGAUCUCAGGUUAAAAAGAGGAAUCUAGGACAUCCAAUACUGCGAUGGUAUGAUGUCAUUCAAAAAGUAGCAUGGGAAACAAUGAUGAAUAUGGUUAAUCAAAUAGGCAUUUAUUCGUGUAUGGACUGGAAUUCUGGCUAUAUUUUAUGUUGUAUCAGUUUUCUCUCAAUAUUUUGUUGUCUUAAUGUUACAUGUUAGGAAAUACACAACAUAGAAAAAACAAUAUUUAUUUAUCAAAAACAGAGCUUCAUUUCGAUUCGGAAAGAUGUUAACUACUUAAAUAAGACAGUUGUCCUCGUGAAGGGUAUUCUGAAAAUACGAUUCGUCAUUAAGAAUAUAUUCAGCCACUGUUAGUAGAUCUACUAAAGCUUGUAUUGGAACGAAAAUCUUCAUUUGAAUUUUAAGACCUACUUUCGUAACAAUUAGUAUACCUAUUCAGUUACGUCUCUUCCGAUACCUACACAAUUCAAGAUUCGCUGUAGAUUUCUGGCUUCUACUGUCCUUUACUAGGACCAAAUGCUCUUUCUCAGAUCAGUAAAAGUAUUUUUAGGAUUCCCUAGCGCACUAAAUAGGCUUCUAUACCUGGUAUAGUAUCCGCCAGAGAUAUUUGAGAUUCGUACAAAAAAAGUAUGUUUAUAUUAUCAGUGGCCUGCAUUUAGUCAGGGAGCACGUGUCAGGAACUGCUUGAAUACAAGAUUAUAUUGGUUCGAAGUUAUUCGGUUUAAAUUGUUGUAAAUAAUGUUUAAAAUUAUUUGCAAUUUUUUUAAAAGAUCUUUCAAAUUGUAUUUUGUGUAUAAUUCAAACACAACCCCCAAAACAAAUUUCAAUGUUUUCAGGAAUCUCGGGUGACAAAACUAGUCCAUUCAGGACCAGUUUGCCAGAUCCAUCAAAAUUAACAAACAUUUAUCCAACCCAAAACUUUCCCUCAUCUCCAUAAGGAAAUCAAAUUUAAAUUUCAUUAGGAAAUAUUGGUGGUUUCAAAAUGCUAUUUUUGAAUAACACUUAGAUGAUGCAUUAUAGUUGCAUCAUAGCGUUCCUAUGAAACAUAAAUAUAAAACUAACACGUUUUGUGCUGCCAAAAAAGGAAGGAUUUUUUUGUUCAUAAAAAGGGCUUCAACUCUUUCAAUAUAUGUGAUUGUCACCCUAAAUAUCAAACAUAAAACAAAAAAUCUAUAUAACAAACAUUUGUAUUUCAUAAAUACUUUACACAUAUGCUCCUAUGAAAAAAUUCUCUCAAACUUCUUCAAUGCAGCUAAAGACCUGAUCUCACAAGGCGAUUUUAGUUUGUACUGAAUCAACCUCAGCAUCAUUUUUAUUCAAUUUUUGUUCAGCAGCUUUAAUAUAUGAUCUCGUCAACUAAAAUCGCCUUUUGAGAACAGGAAACCUAAAAUAAUUAAGUAUUUAAUCUCAUCAUCAGGAGUUUGAAAUAUAAACUGUUUAUUCUAUGAAAGAACAUAAGUACCUUAUGAAUUUAGGCCAUGAAGGUCCAUUUACAAGUCUUAUCAAAACUAAUAUAGCCAAAUAUAAAACAAUUACAAUCCAAAGGCAGUUUUUCUUUGUAAAAGAUGCCACAACAGUUGAUGCUCUAUAUCUAUAUGCUAAUAAAUAUUUAAUUUUAACUAAUUCGCUAUUAGUUACAACAAAAUACUUGUCAGGAAUUGCACCGUAACUGUCUUGGUUUAAUGCUCGUUUUUUAUUUUUUUC